AUGCCUGGUCGUCUAGAACCUGCGCUUCUGUUUUCUUCAGGCCUGGAUUGAACUUCUUCAGCUUCCGUAGGCGGCGGGUCCUAAGUGCCGGGCAAAAUGGAAGUGAAUCCCCCCAAACAGGAGCACCUGCUGGCCCUGAAAGUGAUGCGGUUGACCAAACCUACUUUAUUCACCAAUAUCCCAGUCACAUGUGAAGAGAAAGACUUACCAGGAGAUCUCUUUAACCAGCUCAUGAGAGAUGACCCAUCAACUGUUAAUGGUGCAGAAGUUUUAAUGUUGGGAGAAAUGUUGACAUUACCACAGAACUUUGGGAAUAUAUUUUUGGGAGAAACAUUUUCCAGUUAUAUCAGCGUUCAUAAUGAUAGCAAUCAAGUUGUGAAAGACAUAUUGGUAAAAGCUGAUCUUCAGACAAGUUCUCAGCGUUUAAAUCUUUCAGCCUCCAAUGCUACAGUAGCUGAACUUAAACCUGAUUGUUGUAUUGAUGAUGUUAUACACCAUGAAGUAAAGGAAAUUGGAACACACAUCUUGGUGUGUGCAGUAAGUUAUACAACUCAAGGUGGAGAAAAAAUGUAUUUUAGAAAAUUCUUCAAAUUUCAGGUUCUCAAACCACUAGAUGUGAAAACCAAAUUUUAUAAUGCAGAGAGUGACCUCAAUUCUGUGACUGAUGAAGUAUUUCUGGAAGCCCAGAUUCAGAAUAUUACAACCUCACCCAUGUUUAUGGAGAAAGUUUCAUUGGAGCCAUCUAUAAUGUACAAUGUAGCAGAAUUAAAUUCAGUCAGCCAAGUUGGAGAAUGUGUAACUACAUUUGGAUCAAGAACAUAUCUGCAGCCAAUGGAUACACGCCAGUACUUGUACUGCCUAAAGCCCAAGAAGGAGUUUGCAGAAAAAGCAGGCAUCAUUAAAGGAGUGACAGUAAUUGGGAAAUUAGACAUAGUAUGGAAGACAAACCUAGGUGAAAGGGGAAGAUUACAAACCAGCCAACUUCAAAGAAUGGCUCCAGGUUAUGGAGAUGUCAGGUUAUCUUUAGAGGCAAUCCCAGAUACUGUAAGCCUAGAAGAACCUUUUCAUAUUACCUGUAAAAUAACAAACUGCAGCAGUGAAAGGACGAUGGAUCUGGUUUUGGAAAUGUGCAAUACCAAUUCUAUCCAUUGGUGUGGCAUUUCAGGAAGACAGCUUGGAAAGCUACAUCCAAGUUCCUCUCUCUGCCUCGCCCUUACUCUACUUUCUUCCGUACAGGGACUGCAAAGUGUCUCCGGCUUAAGACUAACAGACACAUUCUUAAAGAGGACAUAUGAAUAUGACGACAUUGCACAAGUCUGUGUGGUAUCUUCGGCCAUUAAAGUGGAAAACUGAAGAAAAUUCCAGUGUUUUGCUUUUCAAGAACUUUCUGUAUUUAAACUUUUUUUUUUCCUAUCAAACAGUUAAGACGUUGAGUAUUUCUUUUGAAAAGAACAAUCUACCGAUAUUUAUCUCAUGAACUAAAUUCGAAGUGAGCAUUUGUACAUUAUCUACGUACAUCAUUUUGUUAUGGCCCAAGUAAAUACCUGGUACAGAGGUCAGCAAGCUGUGUAAACGAGUUUUAGUUUGUAGGCCAUGUGGUUUUUGUUGAACACAUUCAGUUCUGCAGUUGUAGUGUAAGAAUAGUAAAUAGCAAAAAAAGAGCUUAGCAGUAUUUACAGAAACAGCUGAUCUGACUUGGCCUUCUAGCUAUAGUUUCCUGACCUCAGUCUGAAAGAUACAGUUGUUUCUCAGAACUUUAGAAUUCUCAAAAUAUUUUAUUUAAACUCAGUUUUUUCCUAGCUACUCAGUAAAGAGGGAAAAGAAGGGAGGGAGGGGAGAUCCUUGUCCUUACAACUCUGUUAACAUAGUAUGUGGCUUUUCUAGUUGUUUUCAAAAGUAUUAUACUGUUGUGUGUUUGUGUAUACACGUAUCUAGCUUUUACUUAUGGAAUAGAAGUUCAGAAUUAGUUUUAUUUCUUAGACUGUUGAUUACUUGUUAACUAACAAGCUUGAUAAAUUUGCAUUCUAACUCCCCCUCAAAAAACAAUCCACUUAUUUUCAGAAGGCACAUGUGAAGGAUUUUCAGCUUCUAGUAUUUGAUUUUAAACAAAUCAUGUAUGAACAUUGUAAAUUUUUCUGUCUCUGUGUAUAAUCAUACUUAUUUACUUAUGCCAUGAACAAAACAGUGAGAAUGUUAAACAUCGUAAAAAUUAUACAAUAUGAAUGUAUUAAAAGAUUUCAGUAUGUUGCUAGGAAAACAAAAGGCUAUGCUGUUAAAUGAAAACAAUCUCAUCUUGGUAAUUUCAAACUCAAGAGUACAUAUAUAUAUGUGUGUGUGUGUAUAUAUAUAUAUAUAUAUAUAUAUAUAUGUGUGUAUUUCUUAAUUAAGAGUGCAUUAAAUCACAUACAAAAUUGGAUUCUCUUGAAUGCAUAAUUAUUUAUUCCCAUGGUGGAUUGUUUGGUCAAGAAUGGAAACUAUAAUCAGAAAGAUAUUUGUCUCUUAAAUUAGAAUAACAGUUAAUGAAAUGUCUGUUCAAAAUAAAGUGCAAGCCAUGUAAAACUAGCCUUUUUCCAAAGUUAUUUACGUUGAUUGAAUAUGAAAUAAAACUUUAUAGGCACUACACUGUUUA